GAAUCAAACUCUUGCAUUACAAAAUCAAUCUCUCUCCCUCUUUUUUUCUUAUGAUUCAUCAGAGAGAAAUAAUAACAAACACAUACAUUAUAUUCUUCAUCUUCAAAGUCAAACACAAGAAAGAAUGAUGGACAAUAAGUCACCAUUGAGGAGGUACUUUGAACAAUUCCGGUUUGUUUUUCUCACCAUCUUUCUUUUCUACAUGUCAAUGAUUCUCUUGGAUUAUUAUUCUGUGAUCAAAGAAAAUGGUUUCUCCUUAAAACCAUUCAAAACCAAUGGUGCAAAUCAUCAUCAUGUUGAUAAUGAUAAUACUCCUAUUACACCUUCAAUUCCCUCACUCAAUUUCACUCAAAACAAUUCAACAACAAAUGGGGUUGAAUUCAAUAGCACACAAGAGAAACAAAUGAUUCCUCCCCCUCCUCCUCCUCCUUUGAUUAGAGACAACAACAAUGUUAAUGUUGAUGAACUUAUUGUUACACCAAAUAGUAAUAAUAAGGCUCCACCAAUAAGAAAUUCAGACCCUUGUUAUGGCCAAUAUAUCUAUGUUCAUAAACUUCCUAGCAGGUUCAAUGAUGAUUUAUUAAAGAGAUGUCGCAGUUUAUUGCAUUGGGGUGAUAUGUGUCCUUAUCUCACAAAUUUAGGACUUGGUCCUAAGAUUAUUGAGAAUGCAAAGGUUUUGUUGAAGGAUACUUGGUACCAAACAAACCAAUUCUCCUUAGAAGUUAUUUUCCACAACAUUAUGAAGCAUUACAAGUGCUUAACCAAUGAUUCUGCAUUGGCCUCAGCAAUAUUUGUGCCUUAUUAUGCUGGUCUUAAUGUUGGUCAAUAUCUUUGGGGAUAUGAUGAUGGAAUUAGAGAUGAAGCUCCAUUAGCACUUGUGGAAUGGCUUUCAAAUCAGAAAGAAUGGAAGAGGAUGUGGGGUAGGGAUCAUUUUUUGAUUGGUGGAAGAACAGCAUAUGAUUUCAGAAGAAAAAGUGGUGAUUUUGGUGAUUGGGGGACCAAGUUAAUGUUCUUGCCAGAAGCUAGGAACAUGUCAAUGUUGACAAUUGAGACAGAUUCCUAUGACAAUGAUUUCCCAAUUCCAUAUCCAACUUACUUUCACCCUUCAAAGGAUCUUCAGGUUUCUUUGUGGCAAAAGAGAAUGAGAAGAAUGAAGAGGCCUUAUUUGUUCUCCUUCGCGGGCGCCCCAAGGCCUAAUGCACCGUAUUCCAUCAGAAACGAGCUCAUCAGACAAUGCCUGUCUUCUAGAAGUUGCAAACUCCUAAGCUGCUACAAGGGUAAAAACAACAAAAAUACUUGUGAAGAUCCGGUCAGCAUCAUGAGUGUUUUUCAAAAAUCAAUCUUUUGCUUGGAGCCGUCCGGCGAUUCCUACACGAGGAGAUCAACUUUCGACGCGAUCUUAGCCGGCUGCAUACCGGUUUUCUUCCAUCCAAAGUCAGCUUAUGAACAAUAUAGAUGGCAUUUACCAAAAGACUAUUUAAGCUACUCUGUGUUCAUACCUGAAGGUGAUGUUAGAGAGAACAAAGCAAUUAUCAAUGACACAUUGGCUAGGAUUUCUAGGACUAGAAUUUCUAAGAUGAGAGAAGAAGUUAUUAGGCUUAUUCCAAGAGUUACAUACCGUGAACCAAGGUCUAGAUUAGGGAAAGUUGAGGAUGCAUUUGAUAUAGCAGUUAAGGGUAUUAUCAGAAGAGUAGAAGAAAUAAAAAAGGAGAUUUCAUCAACAGACAAUGUUUACUAUUCUAAUGAAUGAAGUUGGUUCACAAGGUCUCAAAUUUGCUCAUGGAUUUUUCUCACCCUUUUCGAGAUGGAUCAUGCAUGCAUGGAUGAUGAUGUUAUUUAGAAAUCUUCAUUACAAAUCAUUUGAAAGGUCUAUUUAGUUGCAUUUCAUUUUUGUGUUUAGUUGGAACAAUCUUUGUACAUAUUAAGUCUUAGUAUUAUGAAUACCAAAUAUUACAUGUUGCUUCAAUUAGAAAAGAAAAAAAAUAAUGAAUUCUUCCACUAUAUUUUGUUUUAAAAAUUCUAUGAAGAAAUAGAAAUGUGAACUGUGUUUUGUAGAAUACAUAUGAAGUUAUCUGCAAUAGAAUCCAAAAACCACUUCGAAGUCAAGAAUACAAAAUCAGCAGCUAGAAAUUUCAAAGGUUCACUGAUGUAACCAAAUUCAUUUGAAAAGGGAAUACAAUACAUAAACAUAAAUACCCUUUACACUGAUCUAUUUAUUUUUAUAGUA